GGAGAGGGGGAGGUCGGUGAGGGAGCCUGGGUCUGCUCCAGGAAGCCCCGUCCCGGGACCAUGGGGGAGCGGGUGCUGGUGCCGCUGCCUCCCGGAGAGACUUGCCUCCAAGGCUCUGUGCUCUCUUUGGUGUGUUCCAACUCCUACCAGGCAUGGUGCCAGAUCACCAAUGUGUCAAAACUAAAGGCUUCUUACGUCACCCAUGAGAACCAGGAUUCCAAUGGAACAAACCUGAGCAUUUCUACAUCUGCAGAGAACCAAUACAGCCUUUUCCUAGGUGUAGUCCUGGCCAUAAGUUCCAGUGUUUUCAUAGGCUCCAGCUUUAUACUGAAAAAGAAGGGACUCUUAGAACUGGCUAAAAAGGGAAUGACCAGAGCUGGGCAAGGUGGACAUUCUUACCUGAAGGAAUGGCUCUGGUGGGCAGGAUUACUCUCAAUGGGAAUAGGAGAGGCUGCAAAUUUUGCUGCAUAUGCUUUUGCACCAGCAACAUUGGUUACCCCUUUGGGGGCACUGAGUGUUCUUAUAAGUGCUGUUUUGUCGGCCCAUUUUUUAAAUGAGAGACUGAAUAUUCAUGGGAAAAUAGGCUGCAUGUUAAGUAUCUCUGGGUCAACUGUGAUGGUUAUCCAUGCCCCCAAAGAAGAGGAAGUCACAUCUUUACACGAUAUGGAAAUAAAACUAAAAGAUCCAGCGUUUAUUUCCUUUGCUGUAAUUAUAAUUGUGAUCUGUUUGGUGCUGAUUGUGGUUGUUGCUCCAAAGAAGGGUCAGACCAAUAUAUUAAUCUACAUUGCAAUUUGUUCGAUAAUUGGAGUAUUUUCAGUUUCUUCUGUCAAGGGUUUAGGACUCGCCAUCAAGGAACUAUCAGAAAAGAAGCCAGUUUACAAGGAACCCUUUGUCUUUAUUUUGUUGGCAACAGUAAUUCUCUCAGUUAGUACUCAGGUUAACUAUCUCAACAAAGCACUGGAUACAUUCAAUGCAUCUCUAGUGACUCCUAUUUAUUAUGUAUUCUUCACAUCUAUAGUUGUGACGAGUUCUGCCAUCUUAUUCAAAGAGUGGUAUAGUAUGAAUGCUGGUGAUGUCAUUGGGACACUGAGUGGAUUCUUCACCAUUGUUAAUGGCAUAUUCCUUCUGCAUGCUUUUAAAAACACUGAUAUUACCUGGAGUCAGUUGACAACUACAUCGAAAAAAGCCCAGUUAUCUCCACAUGCCAAUGAAGACAGACAUGUUUUAUUAGAGAACAUAGAAUGUGAUGAUCUCACUUUAUUUAAUCGAAUGGACAAUCAAGGUCACUGAUCCCCCUGGACAAGCCAUUUUGAAGAGGGAAAAAGGAAUACAUGCCUAUUUUUAGAACUAUUGGAAUAUUCUGAUGUAUAUUUUUAUGUCCAUAUAUGUGAAACCUAUGUAUGUAUGUCUUGGAAGAAGAUACAGUGGCUAUCUUUAAUCUUCCUAUCUAAGGUAAUCAGUGCAUAAUUGGCAGUUCAGUCUAACAUUCUAGAUAAGUAAUUAAGGGUUGUUGGUUUUUUAUUUUGUUUUGUUUUUACGAAUCAUUCUCUGAUGAAAUUUUUUUUAGCAUAUUCAUAACAGUCUUUUGAACUACAUAUUGCUUUCCUGUUAGAGAAGCAGUACAUAUAAAGGGGAGUCUAGCAUAAUAAGCAUCUCAUAACACUCUUAAAAUAUUUUUGUGGCAACUGUGGAAUAUAACAACAUGGUCUUUUUCAAAUAUCAAGAGUUCAGAGUAUAUUUGGUUUUGAAUUCUAUUUUUCAAAUUGAAAAAUUCAAAGAAAAUCGGUAAUCUUCCUAUGGGAUAUGUACAUUUUUCCCCUGUAAAUCUCAAAAAACUACUAUUGAGUUUUAUUUGUGUAAUGUUGUGUUUUGUUUUCAAAACUUCUCCACAGGAAACUUCUGACUUCUCCAUAGAUAUUAAUGCUCAAUAUUUCCUCUUUACAGUUUCCCUUCCAUAGUUCUUUUUUAUUAUUUUUUCUUCUUUGGGAACUUUGUGAGUUCAAUAGGUUUGUUGUCUUAUUUCUUUUUUAGAACAAAUGACCUCUAGAUAUGCUUGUCACAUGUGUACAUGGCACAAAUAAUGUCUUCAUAGAAAAACUCCAUUGGUUUUUAUGCUCAGUAACUCACAGGACAAUAUAAAGUGGCUGAAGAUCAAUAUCAGCCCCUGAAUAUUACAAAAUAAAUUUUUUACACUACAGAAAUGUUAAGCAACUUCUGCAAACAGAGCAAGUGAACGAGGAACCAUCCUAAUAAAGAAUUCUAUAAAUCUGGAAGCAUUUCUGGAUCUCUGAUCUGACUAGGAUAAAAAUAUAGACUUACAUGAUAGGUUUUUUUUUUCUUUAUCACCAAGUUAGAUUGCUUAUGGUAUCUUCUCUCUCUCAGCCUGCCUUUUAAAAGUAGCUACGUUUUAUAUUUUCCUUAUAUCUUUCAUUGGGGGAAUGGUAUAAAAAAGUAUCUAUCUUCUAAAAUUAAGAAUUCAUAUAGAAACAUUGGGGUUUUAAAAAUGUUAAUGAUUUGGCAUAAGAUUUUUUAAAAAUGAUUUUUACAUGUUAAAUUAUCAAAUUUCAAAUUGUUUUUAAUUCCUCCCUCUAAGUCAAAUGGAAGGAGGAUCAAUGUAUUUUGCACUUGAGUUAAACUUUGUUCAUUAUACACAGAUGUUCUCAUAAUUCAGAGUAUAAGAACAUCACAAACGAGAAA